CUGCAGACGGCGGUGGACAGGCAACGCUCGCGGUCAUCGGCGGUGCCGGCACUAACCAACAUGGGACUGCAGGCGUUGUGGCUGCUGGCGGCAGCGGUGGCGGGUCUGAGAAUGGUGGCGGGUGUCGACCUGUUCUGCGACUGCGCACACCGCGGAGGCCCCACCGUGGCCCUGCACUGCGACGAAGCUCAGGCCGGGAACACCAGUGGGAACACCAGUGUGACGUGCCGGAAAUUUGCUGCGGCAACGGUGCCGGACGUGCCGCGAGGCUACAAGUUCGUCUCGGGCUACUCGGUGGUCAAGCUGUACCGCACUUUCAAGAACUGGUCGGCCGCCAAGGAGAGCUGCGAGGCCGAUGGCUCGAGACUCGCCGUUCCACCGGACCGCUACGCUCUCGAUGGGCUGAAGUCGGUGUUCAGCCAGGAGAAGGGCAUCUGGUACGCUUUCCUCGGCUUCUCAGAUGAUAAACAGCAGGGUAGUGUGGACGCGAAUCCGACGCUGAAGCCUAAUGAGACGCGGGAGAACUGCAGCAUCCUUCGCAGUGACGGGGUAAUGGGCGAGGCGCGGUGCGACAGCAUGUCGCCGUUCCUGUGCGAGCGGCCGCUGUCGCUGGGCGUGCCGGGCACCUACAAGUGGGAGGAGGACGCGGGCCGCUUCUACAAGACGCACGCGCGCAGCCUGCCGUGGGCGCGCGCAGCUGAAGAGUGCCGGCGCGAGAACGCCACGCUCGCCGUCCCCGACACGUGGCUGCGCGCCGCCGUGCUGCAGCGCCUACUCGAGCCCAGCGCAGAUCUCUACUACGUCGGCUUCACCGACCACGAGCACGAGGGCGACUUCGUCACGGACGCAGGAAGGCACCUAGGUGACAUGGAGUUCCAGCUGUGGGCGCCGGAUCAGCCGAAUAACGACGACGGUGGCGCAGAAGAGAACUGCUUGGCUCUGUCUGUGAAAGGCUACAGCGACGUUCGCUGCGAUCUGAAGCUGCUCUUCGUUUGUGAAAUACUGCCCCAGUGAUCCGUAGGUCCCGAGGUAGAUCGCAGUUCUGUGCAGGCACAGUUGCCGUUUGACGCAGUGGACGACGCCGUUGAUUUAUGAAACGUGAUAGAAAUAUUUGUGAGAAUGAAGUGUUCAGUGUAGAGAAGAAUACAACGUAUUACGUCUUUAUUAUCUUAGUUUCUCAGUUUUAAAGUACCAACCUGAAACUGAGAUACUGGACACCAGAUAACGUUUUGCUGUGUCGGUGACAUUUAAUCUGAAUAUGACGUCUAUUGACAAUAGUACUGUGAGUUACAGACUUAAGGCUCUGUGUUCAGAAGAAAGUUCGCUGAAUAUGUACUAUAGCAAAUGUAGUCCUUAAAAUCUUGGAUCCAUUUAAGUCAUUACUUGAAUUUUUCGUCUGUGCUUAAGAUGAGUAAAUAAAUUUCAGUUAUGUAAUUGAA